GUCCUUGAUGAUGCAAGAUAGUAAACAACAGUGAACCCCGGGCCUAUAAAUACGGUGUGAUUCCAAUGCGUUUAUCAGUAUCAUCUCUAUAGCAGUAUGGCCAAUCUUCUUCACUCGGUUCUCCUCUUCGUGGCUCUGGUUGUGUCCCCGAGCGUGCAGGUCUGCGCCCCGGACUGCACGGGCGUGGACCCCGGAACCAAAGUGCGGGACCCCACCGACUGCACCAGGUACUACGUCUGCGUCGACGCCACUGGGUCUGGUGUAUUAGUUCCGUCGAUCGACCCCGUGGAGUGCCCCGACGGACAGUACUUCAACGACCAGCACACCAGCCCCCGCUGCGACCCCAUCAACAGCGCCCCGAACGGCUUCUGCUCCCAGCUUUGCAACCCCUGUGAGCCUCACUGCACUCACGCGGGGGAAGUCACCCCAGACCCUCUGGACUGUUCCACCUACUACGUGUGUCUCCAGGACGACCAUUUUAUGUCUGUUGGCUGUCCGGCUGAAACACCCUACUUCGACUUCAUGGCCGGGGAAUGCCAAGGCGACUCGACCCUCUGCUUCCACAACUGCGACGUCUGCGAGCCCCACUGUACCCAGCAGAACGAGCGUGUUCCAGACCCGACUGACUGCCACAGGUUCUACCUCUGCACGCCGCCCACCAUGUCCAGUUUCCUGUGUCCCCAUAACGAGAUAUUCAACAGGGAGACGGGUGUGUGUGAGGAAGGGGCUACGUGCAUAGAGGAAUGUGGUGGUGGAGUGACCGACGGAAUAUAAAACAUGCUGCCGAUUUCUCUAUUUGUAUAUGAUAAAAAAGUUAAAAUAAACGAAGUUCUCGUGCA